AUGAGGCGGGUUCUGCUCUCUGUGCUUUUGCUGCAAGACGGCGCCUCCGCCUUCACGCAGCCGCCGAUCGCUCACAACCGCGCCAAGCCACCAGUCGCCGCUCGCAGCCACGGCGCCUCCGCCUUCACCCACCCCAGGCCGCUGAUCGCUCACCACGCCAAGGCGCUCGGCGCCGCUCGCAGCCAAGGCCCGGCCGCCUCAGCGCCGCAGCAGCAGGCGACGACAGCAGCGGCCGUUCUCGGCCUGUGCUCGCAGCCGAUCAUGUGGUGGAGCCUUUACACGCUCAAGACCACCGGGUGCGGCCUGCCUGCUGGGCCCUUCGGCCUCCUCGGCGCGGCGGAGGGGAUUUCAUAUCUCGUCGUCAUCGGUUUUGUUGCCGCCGCUCUGCUGAGCAAAGCCACGAGCGGCUCGGGCCUCCCUGCCGGUCCGGGCGGCCUCCUGGGCGCUGCCGAGGGCCUGUCCUUCUUGACUGCUAUCGCGGGUCUCGUUGUGCUCGGCUUCCAGUUUCAGGACUACGGGUAUUUGCCCGAGGCGGUGCCAGUGCAGGGCGGCAUCUGCACGCGGCAGCUGUCUUGA